UGUCGACCUUGGGAGCUGAGAGCUCCCCUCGAGGCGCAUAUAAAGAAGUGAACAGAUGCGGCGGCCGUUGCAGAGAGAGAAACUCUGGAACGUAGCCGCAGCGCGAACUUGGUCUCCUUUUCUCUUAGUACUUACGAACCCGAAGCAGCAGUCGGUCGACUGACAUUGGCCGCAUUCACUUCCGCGCUCCUCUUUUAACUUCGCCGCCGCGCCGUUGCUUCCGCCGCGCACCGUCUGCCGCCGGAAGGGAUUGGCAGACGACAUUUCGACUGACAGACGAACACGGUGACUCUACGGAGGAAGUAAUUCCAGCAGCCGUCGCCGCCACGCGAGGGGAAGUGUUGGAACUAGUGAACAAACACCACGUCCAUUCGAAAGGAUUUGCCAUAGGAAUCAAACGACGCCCUCACGCACCAUCAUGCCACAUCUCAGGCCGGGGGAUGACGAGUUCGGCGAGCACAAUGUCAUCGUGACGCGCGUUCAGCUGGAGGAUUUCCGGAAGAAGAUUCUCGAGGAGAUGGCUGCACACCCAGAGCUGUACCACCCGAAGGACGUGCAGCGGAUCAGCGAGAACGACGACCUCUGUCGGCGAUACGUGCGCCACAAGGACCUCGACAUUCCGGCGGCGCUCACCUGGGCGAAGCACUCGCUCCGCUGGAGGAAGCAGUCCGGCAUCAACGAUGCGACGGAGGAGGGUUUCCCAAUCGAAUUCUUCCACCACGGGACGCUCGUUCCAUACAACACGGACAAGUUCGGAAGCCACGUCUUGACCCUGCGCGUGAAACAUCACCGCAAGGAUUCCUCGAUGGUGGAGGAGAUGCGCAAGUAUUUCGCCUUCUUCAUGGACAAGAUCAUGUUCGAGAAGGACGCGCUCAGAGUGACCGUCGUGUUCGAUUGCACCGACGCCGGCGUCAGCAAUGUGGACAUGGAACUCGUCAAGUUCAUCGUCAUGAUCUUCAAGGAACUGUACCCGUGGGCACUAGGGUACAUCAUUGUCCACAAUAUGCCAUGGAUUCUUAACGCUGUGUGGAAGAUAGUGAAGACCAUGCUCCCGUCCGACGGUGUGCAACGCGUGAUAUUCACCAGCAAGGACAGCCUCCUGCAGUACAUCGACAGGAGGAACCUGCCCAAGUACAUGGGAGGAGAGGAUACCUACGUGUACCAGUACCAGAAGGGCAACCCCCUCGGCGACAGGUGUCCGCGAUGCACGCAUCCCAAGGUGGCCAUACCAUGAACAUUUCAAAGAAGCUCACCGAAUGUCAGCGUUGACCGCCCGCGGAGAGGAGACUGUGAUACGUCCGCAUCAAAGUUCGAGAGAGCAACCCCUUCUCGGCAGGUCUCUGCGACGACGGUGCCAGCCGUGCUGUUCUGGAUACUGUCGAAUUCCGCCACAUAUUGUCCACUUCUGCAACGACGGCGUCUUGAACCAACGAGAGGGGCUCUAGCAGCCCCGCGAGCCAAUCAGCUAGAACUGACAAGACGCCGAGUUCGACAAUGCGGCGGAAUUUCGCAAUGCCCAGAAUGGCAGGUCACGACUAGGUGCACCGUACCGACCGAACAGGAAGACGAAGCCAUUUCCGUGGUCCGGAACAACGCCGACAAUCGCUACGCCUGUUCUGUAUUUGCACUUUCAUACAUCCCGAUCCACCCACCUUGAAUCUGUCGGAAGCUAGGAAGGUGUCUUUUAUAUAUAUAUAUAUACAUUUGAGCUAGUCGGUAAUGAUGAACGUACGAUGGUGUGCUUUCCGUGUGCGAUACUUUUUUGGAUAUAUGGCGCUUGAUCUGUAAAGACAGCAGUGACCAGAGAUGAGAAUAUAGAUAUAACGUUGUCUGUCGAUCAUAAAACUGAACUCACGUCGUAAUUUAAUAGCCGGUUAUGCAGUUCCCUUAUUGGACGACAUAUAAAUAACUAUCAGACAUAAUAUAAACGACUGUGUGGUUGAGUAUAUACAUCCAUCCAUACGUGUACAGUCUUGGGCCCUGAGGGCACUUUCUUUCAGUUUUAAAAAGGAAAUCUACUUCUCUGUCGCUUGGACGACACCUAUAAUAGACAUUUCCUGCUUUUUUUUUUCUCUCUUUCUCUGUCUGCCAUUCAAAUCUUAAUUUAUAGCCGUUACCAGUGGCCGUACUUAGUUCCCCUACAUGUACUGGAUCUGAGCAUGGUGGCAGCUGCCAUCGCCCCGUUUCAAAGGGGACGCUUUACCCUUCCAUCCAUCCAUCCAGAGAGGUCUCGUGUGUACGUGUCUCUCUGUCUUAAAGUAUUUCCGCGUUUUUUAAAUGUUGUUGUGCUUUACUUCUUCUGUUUGAGGAAAUAUUUGCCAGGCGGUCAGAGUUCUUUUGGAACGUUAUCUUCACGUCCAAUCGUUGUCGAGUACUCUAUUGACGAGCGUGAGCGGCAAUAACGUGGCGACGACAAGCAACAAAACAGUUCUGUGCAGCGCGGCGCAUCAUCCUGCUGGAUGCGGUGUCGUGCGGAAGGGGAAUUGCCACCGAAAAGGAUCGUUACAGAGUGCGCGGUUCAGCACUGUAAAUAGGCAAACGUUGGUAUACAUGCACACGUGACGCAUCAUACCUUUCUCCCUCCUGCCCUCUCUCUCUUUUAAUCCCAUCUCCUCCACCCCGCUGGCGCUGAGCCGUGCUCCCGCCUGGGUUGCAGAAAAUAGUGCUAGCCUUUCCUCCUUCCCCAGAAGAACCACUUCUCAUCAUUUCUUUUUAUUUGCUCCUCUGCAUGCAGUUGUACAAACUAUGUCAAUAAAAAAAACUAUAUUUUGUGAAAACUUG